UGUAAUGCCCUGAUUAGCCAUCCUGUGCUGCGUUUAUUUUAUUUACUAUGCUCAUCCAUCAAUUUAAAUACCUAAGAUCCUACUCCAGUUACCGGAUAAGCCUAGCAACUCGUAAAAAUUAGCGAAAAAAAAAUCCAAGAAUCCUCUGUAUCCGUUUCGAAGUUAUACGUUGUCGAAUGAAAACCAAGAUAUGAAAGAAUUAUGUAAAUAGUAUCAAACUUUUCACAAAGAAUUAUGUCGACGAAUCAUACGUGACUUAGUUUAAACGGCGAAUCUCUUAAUUGAUACAAAACAUUGUAAGGGACUACUAUUUAUUAUUUCAAUGGAAUUUAAUACGAAGGCGGUAAUGGACUGAAAUUGAUUCAACACCAUGAUAAAUCCGGUUCGCCAACCUUUUAGUAUAGUUUUUACAAAAAAUAUCUACUACUAGUGAAGUUUGAAGCAUUUUUUUUCCAUUUUUUCAAAAUGCAUUAUAUUACUUGGAUCGAUUUCGUGGCUUUUUUCGGUAUGCUAAUUGUGUCGGCAGUUAUCGGAGUUUAUUUCGCGUAUUUCGCUGCUGAAAAACAAAAUACUGUGGGUCAGUACUUGAUGGGUGGAAAAACCAUGGGUGUGUUUCCUAUAUCGAUGUCUUUAAUUGCCAGUUUUAUAUCUGGGAUUUCUAUACUUGGAUUUCCUGCUGAAAUGUACGUGUAUGGAACCCAAUUUUCGUUAGCUGCGUUUUCUUGGGCUGCUGCCUGUAUUCCUUUGUCAAUUAUUUAUCUUCCAGUGUACUUCAAAUUGCAAAUUACUUCUUCAUACGAUUAUUUACACAAACGAUUUGGAUAUUCUGUCAAAUUUUUGGGAGCUGUGUUGUUUAUCAUAAAACAGAUGCUAUACAUUCCUAUUGUGAUUUAUGUACCAGCUCUAGCUUUUAAUCAAGUCACUGGAAUGAAUUUACAUUUGGUUACGCCGAUAGUUUGUGCAAUUUGUAUUUUUUAUACGUGUGUGGGUGGAAUAAAAGCAGUUGUAUGGACGGAUACAUUUCAAAUUCUCAUAAUGAUGUUAGGAUUAAUUGUGGUUCUAUUGAUCGGUAUCAACAAUUUACCUAGUACUGAGAUAAUUUUUGAAAGAGCUGCUGAAACUGGUAGAUUAGAGUUUUUCAACAUGAGUCUAGAUCUUCGCACAAGGGUGACUUUUUGGAAUACACUGAUAGGCGAUUUCUUCCUUAUCACUGCCGGAUGCUCGGUAAAUCAAGCUAUCGUGCAAAGAUGUCUGUGUUUGCCAAACAUACGUCAAGCUAGAUUAGCUCUGAAAAUAUUUGCCUUAGGACAAAUGGUGAUCGUAACACUGUGUUGUUUCACUGGACUCGUCAUUUUCGCAACUUUCUAUCGCUGCGACCCACUAAUCACGAAAGGUAUACAGAAGGCUGAUCAGCUACUUCCCUUAUACGUGUCGAAAAUUGCUCCUGGGAAAAUCCCUGGUCUCGCUGGUAUAUUUUUAUCUGGGGUAUUCAGCGCUUCUUUAAGUACGAUGUCAACUGGUUUAAACUCGAUGACCGGGGUCAUAUACGAAGACAUGAUAAAAGUAUUUUAUAAAAAAGAAUUAUCCGAAGCUGAAGCUAGUAACUUAAUGAAAGUCAUUGUGAUAUUACUUGGACUGAUAUGUGUGAUUUUAGUGUUCGUAAUUGAACAACUGGGCACAUUAAUUGAAAUUGCAACUAGUUUAGGUGGUGUUACCAGCGGAGCUUUAUUGGGUAUAUUUACCCUGGGAAUGUUUCUUCCAUGGGUCAAUGAGAAAGGUGUAUUAUGUGGUGGAAUUAGUAGCUUGUUAAUCAUGGCUUGGAUAACAAUCAAUAAUCAAAUUCAAAUCAACUUAGGUAAUAUCGUUCAUCCUAAAAAACCUGUAUCUAUUGUAGGCUGUAAUCAAGACGAGCUGAGUGAUCCUUCGAUUGAAAUCACGGUGAAUGAAGUAAAAUCCGAAGCUAUGUAUUUGUACGCGAUAUCGUACUUUUGGUUCACGUUUUUGGGUGCUAUUAUUACUGGGAUUGUUGGCGUGGCAGCCAGUUACUUUUUUGGAUUCAAUAAUCCAAAAUGUAUCGAUAAAGAUUUACUGACGCCGAUCGUUCAUCGUUUUUUGCCACAGACUGAGAAAGUGGAAAUGUCUGAGAUUGAGGCAAAAGGCUAUACUCCGAAGAGCGAUCCGGACUGUAUUCAAAUCAAUCAUACGUCGUAAUGACUGAGAGGAAGAAAAAAUGGAAAUUUUUCCAAUAACAGCACUUGCACAAUCACUCGACAAAUUACUUGCCAUUGUUAAGAUUAUUCAGGAGACGGAAAUUACCUAUUACAAUUUUUCUUUUCUGGAAAUAAAUGUUUUAUACAAAAUAA